CGGAAACGGCAAUAGUAAUGGUGCGGCGGUUUGCCUAGCGUCGAGCCGGAGCGGCGGCCGUUUCUUGUCGCGCUCUCUCUCCCGCCGCGCUCGUCGGUCCGGCUAUGCGCAGCGGCAGUGGCAGCCCCGGGGCCGCAGCGGCGGGGGCGCGGCGGCGGUCGUCCGCGGCGGCGAUGAAAGGGCCGGUGGACAGCGCGGUGGCUGCCGUCAUGCAGGAGAACUUCGGUUGCGCCGUCGCCAACCGCUUCUACCAGCUGCUGGACGACGAGUCGGACCCCUUCGACAUCCUGCGCGAGGCCGAGCGCCGCCAGCAGCAGCGCAAGAAGCGCGACGAGGCGGCGACCGCCAGGAGAGCUGGUCCCGGCGGCAGGGCGGGCGGCGGCGGCGGCAAGAGAGAGUCCCAGAAGGAGCGCAAGCAGCUCGGGAACCCCUCGGUCGCCGGGGGGCCGCCGCAGCCCGGCCAGAAGCGAGCACCCAAGGCAGGAGAACAGCAAGGGUUCAGUAACAGACGACUAGAGGUGAAACAAGACAAAACUGAAGGGAGACCAUCUUUCAGGGAGUACCGUACCUAUGAAACAGAAAGACAAGCGGAAUUCACAGUGGAAAGGAACAAAAAUCUGACUAGAAAUCUUCUUUUUAGACCAACUGAAAGAUUAGACCACGGAAGGCCAAUAAGAGGUCGUGGUGGAGGAAGAGGUGGAGUGCGAGGUAGAGGAAGAGGUGGUGGAAUAAAUAGAAGUUUUGAUGGCUCUGAUCAAAGAGGAAAACAGGAAUUUGAAAGACGUGGGAAUGAUAAAACAAGAAUGAAAGCAGAUGACAAAAAGGGUGGAGGUGGAGCUCGCAACUGGGGAACAGUUAAAGAUGAUACCAGUGGGAUGGAACAGACUGCUCCUAUGGAAGAGACUGCAGAAAGAGCUGAGCAGCCAGGGGCAUCUGAAGGAGAGCCUCGGAACAAAGUUGCUGAAGGAGAGCCAAUGGAAGAAGUAGUUCAAGAAAUGACGUUAGAUGAGUGGAAAAAUCUUCAGCAACAGAAUCGACCAAAGCCUGAAUUCAACAUCCGGAAGCCAGAAUCCACUGUUCCUUCCAAAGCAGUGGUGAUUCACAAGUCAAAAUAUAGCGAUGAUUUGCAAAAAGAAGACUUUGAAGAUGAUUUUCAUGUCUUUCGAAGACCAGUGAAUGACAUAACAUCUCAGCUGGAUAUUAAUUUUGGGAGUCUUCCUCGCCCUGGCCGUGGAUCAAGAGGAGCACGAGGUGGUCGUGGUCGUGGCAGACAAGCUGAGGGGGCAGGACCUCGACCAGAAGUAGUGGUGCAGCUUGUUGCUCCAAAUCCUGAUGAUCCUGAGGAUUUUCCAGCGUUAGCUUGAAGAACUGUCAUGAAUGGUGGUAUCUCAAAGUAGCUUUGGUGCAACUGUGAAGAGACCAGUUUUAUGCUGGUGUGGAUAAAGAAAGUCGGUUUCUACUUGAAAAGCUGUUUGGGUGUUUGGUGUGGAAUGGUUGCAGCCCUCUGCUAAUGGAGUUGGGUUCUGGAGAUACCAGUGGACUGAGAUACUUGUCACAGGUUCCAGUGUCUGCCUCCAUUUGUGAAAACUGUGUGAAGGCUUGCAGUACUUCACUACAAUGCUUCAAAUGAAGUUCACGAGUACAGUGUUUAAAAAUGUGUAUAUAGAGAUUAUAUCGAGUUCUCCAUGACACCAUGGUGAAAUGUGAACCGUACAAUACAGUCUGCAGUUGGGACUCUAUUUCACUGUACAUUUGAAAGCCGCUUUCCCUGUUUCUUUGAGUGAAGUGUGUAUUUCACACAGUCACAAGCUGCAGUUCUUCAGAGUUUGGCAAAUAAAAGAAAGUGCUUAUUGGUU